AUGACAUCACAUUAUGCUUCUCCCAGUCCACCACAGUAUUCAGAAAGAAAGUUAAAGAAACCGUUGAUGGAAAAACGUCGUCGUGCUCGUAUGAAUGAGUGUCUAGAUCAGUUAAAGCAUCUGUUAUUACAUAUAUCUCCAAAUCAGCGGACAAAGUUAGAAAAAGCUGAUAUUCUUGAAAUGACUGUUGCGUAUUUAAAUCAGAUGCAGUGUUCAUCUCCACCGUCUACAUCAUUUGACAAUAGUGCUAUUUACCAGCAGUCUUAUGCAGAAGGUUUCUCAUUAGCAGCAUCAGCUUGUCUAACUUAUCUUCAAAAUACUUUGCCACCCGAUCAGUAUCUACCUCAAGCACAGCAGUUGAAAAUUGGACUGAUGCAACAUCUUCAGGCCGUCAUGUCAAAUCAUAUAAAACCAAUAAUAGAUGAUUCAGGACGAGUAUCGUUGCAGAUGCUACAGCCAUCACAAUCAUCAUCAUGUUUGCAGCUAAACUGUCAAGUGCAAACGCCAUUUGCUAUUACUUAUCCGACAUCAAAUUAUGCGACAAAUUUACCUUAUCCAAAUGCACAAUAUACUACAUAUCAAAUACCCAAUAUACCAGCAACAUAUUGUGGUACAACAAUUCAACCAUCCAUUGCUGGUUCUGUGUCGACACCACUAAGGAUCUCUACUGUGCCACAGAAAUUUGUUUUACCACCUGCUCAUAUCAUUGAUUCUUUAUCUGAGUUCGAAGAUAAGCAACCUGUCAAUUCAUUCAUGAAUAUGGAGAAAGUUGAUGAACUUAAAAAAGCUAAAAAAACAAAUGAAGUGAAAGUUUGGCGACCUUUUUAA